AUGGUGUUACACAAACUGUACGACACGGGGCAUCAAGCCAUCUUCACUAUCAAGUUCUGCCAUGGUGUUACACAGAAACUGUACGACACAGGAUCCAAAGGACAACACACAACACCAGCAUGCCAUUAGUACUACAGUGUCAGUGCCCUCAUUACCAUAGCUACAAAGACUUUCGUGCAGUAUAAUAAACUUCAAGAUCUUAGUGACAGCAUCAGAAGAUACUAUCCUACUGUCACCAUAGUAAUCGCUGAUGACAGUGAAAAUCCCCAAAUCAUCUCUGGGCUGUACAUCAAACAUUACAUUAUGCCUUUUGGAAAGGGCUGGUUUGCUGGAUGAAACCUGGCCAUUUCCCAGGUGACCACAAAGCAUCUGCUGUGGGUGGAUGAUGACUUCCUCUUCACAGCCGACACAAAGCUGGAGAAACUCGUGAACGUUUUUCAGAGGACCACUCUGGAUCGGAUUGGCGGUGCAGUGCUGGAGACAGGAGGGAAGCCUAACACCUUCAGAAAGACCAUCUCCAUUGAGCCAGGGGAUGGUAAUAGUUACUGUGUACACAUGAGGACAGGAUUUCAUCACAUCAUCCAAGGCUUCCCCAACUGUGUUGUCACUGACACGGUUGUUAACUUCUUCCUGGCUCACACAGACAAAGUCCAGCAGGUCGGCUUUGAGCCACAUCUCACCAGAGUAGUUUACACGGCUGAGUACGAGUUUUUCAUUGAAGGUGUGGGAUCUCUCCACGUGGGCUAUUGUGAUGAUGUCAUUAUUGCUCAUGCACCCAAAAUCAACAGCCAGUCAGAGUUUUGA